UAAGCAAUUCUCCUUAUAGAUCGAAAAAUUUAAUUUUUUAAUUUUGUCAUAAAGAGGUUAAUUCAGUUAUUCCAUCGUGACAUGGUUAUAAUAUUUCAGAGCCUAUGAGUAUUGUUCACGUUAAUUAUUCCUUUCAUGAUUCUUUUAAAAACCGCGGAAGGAAAUGAUUAUUGAGAACUCGAUUUUUAACGGUUGAUAUUAAAUUUUCCAAAAUGCCGAAGAAAAAGACAGGACAAAGACGGAAAGCUGAAAAACAAAAAUUAAGGCAAAAAGAAAUUAGAACCGCUAAAGAUCAAUUAGAUUUAGCUAAAUUUCCAUGCAAUGCAGUAAUGGAAUGUGACAAAUGUAGCAAGAAACAAAAAAGUAGAGCCUUCUGUUAUUUCUGUCAAAGUGUACAACGAUUACCAAUGUGUGCUCAUUGUGGAAAAAUAAAGUGUAUGCUAAAAACAGGAGAUUGUGUUGUUCGUCAUCCUGGUGUGUUUAAUACUGGAUUGGGUAUGGUGGGAGCCAUAUGCGAUCAUUGUGAAGCAUGGGUUUGUCACGGAAGACGUUGCCUUACAACUCAUGCAUGUAUAUGUCCAUUGAUAGAUGCAAUUUGUCAAGAAUGUGAAAGAGGUGUGUGGGAUCACGGUGGUAGAAUAUUCCGAUGUUCAUUUUGUAAUUGCUUUCUUUGUGAAGAUGAUCAAUUUGAACAUCAAGCAUCAUGUCAGGUUUUGGAGGCAGAAAGUUUCAAGUGUCAAUCAUGCAAUCGAUUAGGACAAUACUCUUGCUUAAGAUGUAAAACAUGUUAUUGCGAGGAUCAUAUUAGAAGAAAAGGGUUUAAGUAUGAAAAGAACAAACCUAUACCUUGCCCCAAAUGUGGUUUUGAAACAUCUCAAACAAAAGAUCUUAGUAUGUCAACAAGAACUCAUAAAUUUGGUAGACAAGGUGGAACAUACGAAUCUGAUGAUGAAGGUGAAUAUAAUUAUUAUGGAAAUCAAUCACAAGACUAUAUUCCUGAAAAUCAUACAUCUUAUCAGGAAGAUGAAGAUGAAGAUGAUGAUAAUGAUGAGGAUGCUGAUGAUGAUGAUAAUGAUGAUGACGAUGAUGACGAUGAUGAUGACGAUGAUGAUGAUGGUGAUGAUGAAGGAGAAAGAGAGCGGGUAAAUGAGUUAAUAAGUGAAAAUCAAGAAAAUUGCGAUAAUAAAUUGCAUCAAAGUAUUAAUAAAAACGUUUAGCAAAAAUUUAAAUUUUGCAACUAAAUGUGAAAA